UCGAAACUACACUUCCCGACUCUCUCAGCGCAUCCCGUGACACUCCUUGGAUCGUGAGCGAGGAGCAGGAUUUCAACAGCUGCACCUCUCUUGCUCGGACCCGGCCCUGGACCCGACCGCGGACUCGGACACGGCUCCACCAUGGAGGAGGCGGACCGAAUUCUCAUCCAUUCUCUGCGCCAGGCCGGCACGGCAGUUCCUCCAGAUGUGCAGACCCUGCGAGCCUUCACCACUGAGCUGGUUGUAGAAGCUGUGGUCCGCUGCCUGCGAGUGAUCAACCCUGCUGUAGGCUCUAGCCUCAGCCCCCUGUUGCCUUUGGCCAUGUCUGCACGGUUCCGCCUGGCCAUGAGUCUGGCUCAGGCCUGCAUGGACCUAGGCUAUCCCUUGGAGCUUGGCUAUCAGAACUUCCUUUACCCCAGUGAGCCGGACCUCCGGGACCUCCUUCUCUUCUUGGCUGAACGUCUGCCCACUGAUGCCUCUGAGGAUGCAGACCAGCCUGCAGGUGACUCAGCUAUCCUCCUUCAGGCCAUUGGCAGCCAAAUCCGGGACCAGGUGGCCCUGCCCUGGGUCCCACCCUGCCUUCGCACUCCCAAGCUACAACACCUCCAGGGCUCGGACCCCCAGAAGCCUUUCCAUGCCAGCUGGCUUGUUAUGUCUGAGUUGAGUUCCAGAGGAGAGUCCCGGGAGUUCCAGGCAAGUCCCCUGCUGCUGCCAGCCCCAACCCAGGUGCCCCACCCUGCUGGGAGGGCAGCUUCACUCCUCGAAUGCCACACCAUCCAGCUUUGCCAGCACAUGGGCUGGGACCACCCUGGGGAUGACGACUGGGUCCACUGGGCACCCCGCCUCUCCACUCAGGGCCUCUCUCUGGCUGGCCUGAUGCCAGGGCAGGGGCGGCUGGUUUGCGAGCCGGUGCCGGCCGGCUGGGAGGAAGGUGCAGCCGGCUGCGUAUCACUGUGGGAGACCUUGGAGGGAGAUACACGGACUCAGCGACAGCGGCUGCAGAAGCACCUGGCUGAGCAAUUGCGCCAGACCUGUGGCCGACUGGGGGCCCCCCCACUAGCCCGAGACCUGGGAGAGCUGCUGCAGGGCUGGGAUGCUGGGGCCAAGACUGGCACUUCCAAGGGCUCCCGCUUCACACAUUCAGAGAAGUUCACCUUCCAUCUGGAACCUGAGGCCCAGGCAGUGCAGGCAUCUGAUGUGCCAGCCACCUCCCAGUGGCCUGAACAGGACACACGGGCAGCUCAAGAGCAGGAGCUGGAUUCUCUUCGGGAGCAGCUGCAGGUAGUGAACUGCAACAUCGAAAAGGUUGAAGCCAACAUGAAGAUUCUGGGAAUCAACUUCACACAGGUGGAGAUGGAGUGUCGGCAGAGUGAGCUCAGCACUGCACAGCGCAAGCAGACCCUGCUCCUGAAGAGCCAGGCUGUGGAGCUGCUGCCCGAUGGGGCUGCCAACCUCACCAAGCUGCAGCUUCUGGUAGAAAGUAGUGCCCAGAGGGUCAUUUACUUGGCGGCCCAGUGGGAAAAGCACCGGGUCCCACUCCUGGCUGAGUACCGCCGCCUCCGAAAGCUCCAGGAUUCCAGAGAGCUGGAAUCUUCCCGGCGGUUGGCAGAGAUCCAGGAGCUGCACCAGAGUGUUCGGGCAGCUGCAGAAGAGGCCCGCAGGAAGGAAGAGGUCUAUAAGAAGCUGGUGUCAGAGCUGGAGACCUUGCCCAGAGAUGUGUCCCGGCUGGCCUAUACCCAGCGCAUCCUGGAGAUUGUAGGCAAUAUCCGGAAGCAGAAGGAAGAUAUCACCAAGAUCUUGUCUGACAUGAAGGAGUUACAGAAGGAAAUCAAUGCUCUGUCUGGAAAGCUAGACCGGACGUUUGCGGUGACUGAUGAGCUUGUGUUCAAGGAUGCCAAGAAGGAUGAUGCUGUUCGGAAGGCGUACAAGUAUCUAGCUGCCUUGCAUGAGAACUGCAGCCAGCUCAUCCAGACCAUCGAGGACACAGGAACAAUCAUGCGGGAGGUUCGAGACCUUGAGGAGCAGAUCGAGACAGAGAUGGGCAAGAAGACUCUUAGCAACCUGGAGAAGAUCUGUGAGGACUACCGAGCGCUUCGUCAGGAGAAUGCUGGCCUCCUGGGGUGGGUCCGUGAUGCCUGAGAAGCCCCCAGGAGAGGUCUCCCCACCUCCACAGGCAGUGACUGGGGGUAUCAAGUUCCUCCUGCUGUAGCCUUUGCCCCAGACCCUUGCCCACCUGACCCCAACCCUUACGUGGGGUGCUCACCCAAAGUGUGGGAGCUUGGCUUCAAUUUAUUGGGAAAGGAUCCCAAAUAAAUGAGGGGUUCUGUCUGCA